GCGAGAGGAUGCAUCGCCUUGCCGCCAUCCGAGCGUCACAAGCAGUGCUUCGGCGGCCGACCGCGCUGUCCGCGGCUUCGUCCAGGCAUGUCGUCACCUUGAGAGGCAUUGCUGCCUUGGUGCACCGUCCUGUGGGUCCUCCACAGCAACACGUGUUGUCGUCGUGGCUCGGCAAAACAACCCAUGGCGUCCGUGCAUUUGCGUCGCAUCAUACCAACGACGAUCACGUCGAGCUGUUGUCGUUCUCGGAGGUGAAGAAACUCGGUUUAACGACCAUGGACGAACUCAUUCACAGUCGAGGGAAACCAGCGUUCUUCGCCGCGGCCAAGCGCUUGAAGUUCACGUGGAAGGACUUUUGCGCGCACAAUCCGUACCCGAGCGCGACGGAGCUCAAGACGUUCUUCAACGCUGGACGCGCUCUGGAUGCGGACUCGGUUCUCGUCGAGACCGUCAUGGCCAUGCACAAGGUCUUCCCCAAGGAGCUCAAGGCGCGGCACUUCAUGGAGUCGCGCGUGUCGUUUCUCCGCCUCCGCAAGUUUGACGAGAUGCAGGCCAUCUUUGACGCCGAGAAGAUCGCCCAUCCCCAUCCGCAGCCCAUCUUUUACAUUUGGGUGCUCACGGCGUCCAUUGAGCAGAACAACCUGGACAAGAUCAAGGCGCUGCUCGCGGAAAUGAAGCACGAAGGGUACAUGAUCCCCAAUGAAACUGUGUCGAGGCUGCUGUUCAACUUGGCCAAAAAGGGCGACAAGGACGGCAUCUUGGAUAUCUUUGCUGAUUUGGACCCGAACGUGGGCAUCUGGACGGUGCCGGCACUCAACCGCACGCUCGUGUCCCUUGGUAUGGCUGGCCUGCCGCAGCUAGCGUUCAAGUUCUACGGCGAGUCCACGAUGGACCUGGUGGCCGCGACGUUCAAGACCGUCCUCGAGAUUGCCGUGCGCAAUGAAUGCAAGAAGGAAGCGGCCGACAUUUUGCACAACCGCAAGCUGUUCGACCUGACGCUGGACACGCCCGAGUACAACAUCAUCCUCGAAGCACUCAUCCUCUUGGAUCGAUGCGAUGAAAUGCAAGGCAUCUUGGAUGAAAUGGCUGCCGCGGGGGUCCCUGCCAAUGCCAAGUCCAACUACCUUGUGAAGACCAAAACCCUAGAUCGCAUCUACUUGCACAGCAAGCACCUCCCCAAGUCCAAAUUGAACAGCGAUAUCCGUCGCAACCUGGACAAGAAGCUAUGGGUCAAAGCUGCGCGUGUCGGUGAUGCCAUCCUAGCCGAGAACCCGACGCCGCAGAACAUCGCGCACGUGCUCGAAGCGUAUGUGGCCGCCAACCAGCUGGACAAGGUAGACGCGAUCGUCAAGUCCAUGCAGACGGCGCAGUGGCCCGUACCUACGCUGGGCGGCAUCAUGUUUUUGCUCAAACACUUUUGCCGCCGCGAAGUCCGCGCCGAUGACGGCAAGCAGGUCAUCGUAGACGUCGACCGCGCGUUUGCCGUGUACAAAGCGUCCAAGGUCCAGGGCCUGACCAUCUUUCACCCCAAGAUGCUGUACCCCGUGGUCAUGCAGCUGGGCGAGUGGGAGGCCGCGGUUGAUCUCUUCCUUGGCAGCCUCCGCGCCGACGCCACCAACCCGCCGCAGCUCGCCAUGCGUACCACCAAGGUCGUGCGCACCGAGGCCUUCCAUGACGUCGUCCGCGUCUGCGCCAAGAUGCGCCAGUACGACGCCAUGUUGCAGGUCGUGCACGCCAUGGUCGUGGCAUACGGACACGAAGUGUACCCGACCGUGUUCAAGUCCAUGUGGUUCGACCCAGUGCGGUACUCGUUCCAUGGACUGAACGGUGUCACAGACAAGAACCGGAGCGACCUCCUCGACUCGUUUGCCGCCGCCAUCGUCUCGUGUUUGCAGACGAUUCAAACCCACCAGCCGACGUUCCAGCCUGAUCGGGGCAUGGUGGAUGCGUUGGCAAACGUGCUGUUUUACGGCAAGCAGCGAGGGCCCUUGAUCGAGUUGUACCGCCAGGCGAAGGCCGACCCAAAGAAGUACACGUUCCCCGAGCUCACGUACCAGAAACUGCUGCAGGUAUUGGCGGUGCAGGGCCACAACUUGGCCGAAACGCGCGAGUUGUUUGACGAGGCGGCGGCGCGGUAUCCCCAGGGCAAGAUGCUCAGCCUCAUGGAGGCGUCCGUGGUGCGCGCCACGGCUCAAGCUGGCCACAUCGACGACAUGCUGGCGCUGCUGCGGGGCCCGCGGGCGUGCGGCGCGUCGUACCGCCAUGCGCUCGAAGUGCUGGUCGGCCAUCGCCGCUUUGAUAUCGCGUCGGAAGUGCUGGUCAUGAUGGUCGAUGCCGGGUAUGUCCCCAACUCGCAGCUCGUGGUCAAAGCCAUGCUCGUGGUGGCGAGGCACGGGCAUGAGCCGGGCGUGGCGGCGUUUGCGUCCGACCUCCUCGCCGCCUUUGAGCGGAGUGUGGUCGUCAACGGCAAAGUGCAGACCAAGGCCGCGACGGACGACAAGCACCGCGCGGUGACCGUCAACAUGCGCGACAUCCGACGGAUCUACUCGCUCGUGCUGCAUACGCUGUCGGCGGCCGGGCUCGUAGAAGACAAACACGCGCUCGUGGCUCGCAUGCAUGCCCUAGCCAUUCAACGGGUGGACGUCGACACGGACUUGCGACGGGACCACACCCGAGGAGUACAAUAACCAACGAUAAUACACUACUACAACACUAGACAUA